AUGAAGACGUUUCAGAUUCCAUCACAAGGCAUUAUUGGGGCACUUUCAAGUCUUCGUGUAAUGAAAGAGAAGAGCAUAAUUCUUCCAUCAAGCAGCCAGCGUUUGUCUCAUUCUGCAGCAGGUAAUCUAAAACAGAUGUAACAGAAGCUAUACUGGGAAUCGGCAGAUAUGCUAAGCAUAGUGGAAGGCUUUCUCAUUUUUAUAGCAGUUAGUGAAUCAGUACUGGGGGUUUUAGGGAAUGGAUUUAUUGGACUUGUAAACUGUAUGGACUGUGUGAAGAACAAAAAGUUUUCUAUGUUUGGCUUCAUCCUCACCGGCUUAGCUACUUCCAGAAUUUGUCUGAUAUUGAUAGUAAUUGUAGAUGGAUUUAUAAAGAUAUUCUCUCCAGAUAUGUACUCUUCUGGUCACCUAAUUGAUUAUAUUAGUUACUUAUGGAUAAUUAUCAAUCAAUCAAACAUCUGGUUUGCCACCAGCCUCAGCACCUUCUAUUUCCUGAAGAUAGCAAAUUUUUCCCACCACAUGUUUCUCUGGUUGAAGGGUAGAAUCAAUUGGGUUCUUCCCCUUCUGAUGGGAUCCUUGUUUAUUUCAUGGCUCUUUACGUUCCCUCAAAUUGUGAAGAUUCUUAGUGACCGUAAAGUGGGGAAUGGAAACGCAACCUGGCAGCUCAACAUGCCGAAGAGUGAGUUCUUUACUAAGCAGAUUUUGGUCAACGUAGGAGUCCUUCUCCUCUUCACGCUAUUCCUGAUUACAUGUUUCCUGUUAAUCAUUUCCCUUUGGAGACACAGCAGGCGGAUGCAAUUGAAUGUCACUGGAUUCCAAGACCCCAGUACAGAAGCGCAUAUGAAAGCCAUGAAAGUUUUGAUAUCUUUUAUCAUCCUCUUUACCUUGCAUUUUAUAGGCCUGGCCAUAGAAAUAGCAUGCUUCACAGUGCCAGAAAAAAAAUUGCUGUUUAUUUUUGGUAUGACGACCACAGUCUUGUACCCCUGGGGUCACUCAUUUAUCCUCAUUCUCGGAAACAGCAAGCUAAAGCAAGCCUCUCUGAAAGCAUUGCGGCAGGUCAAGUGCUGUUAAGACAGGGCGACUGCUCCCAGCCGCACAGACGCGCGUGGGGAGAAAUGGAUGUUCUAGGAGAAUGUUCUAGUGAAGAGGAAGCCCCUGCAGUUCUGUUCCACUUGCACGACACACUCGCAUCGGUCGUACCUGUGUUAUUGAGCGUCACUAAACUCUCCCAUAAUUAUUUUGACUGCGUUGUAGGAAAUUUCACUCUUCACCAUGAAAAUUCAGUGGCUCGGUCAGUUUCUGUGCACUCACGCCUUUCCACACACCUCUCAGAGGAGAAACAGCUUGGAGACUAUUCACUGUAAGGGUUUCACUGGUGAGAAUAAGCACCCAAAAGUAGAGUUUUCACGGUGCUUGACUUGACUUCCGUGAAGCACUAACAGCCUUUCACCAAGAAGACCCGUAGAAAAAAGAAGACGAGACGAAGGAAAUUGUAAUCGAUCUCGCUGUUUAGAAUGUGGAUGUGAGAGACAGAGACUGAGAUGCAGCUUUUGAGUGUGCAUUUUAAAGUUUUUAAAAGAUCACUUUUAUUUUCACUGUUUAAAUCUUAAUGUUCUUUUUUUUUCCUUUUUUUUUUUUUUUUUAACUGGCAUGUGUUUGAUGGAGCAGCAGUAGUGACAGCAGCAGGUGUUCUGUAGGAAAUAGCUCAGGAAACAGUCUACAUGGGGGACAGGGGAUCAGAGCACUGAUCAAAUGAGUCUUUAUAUUCUUCAAACCCACUCAUUUGAGAUGAAGCAAAAUCAUGAACCAACUAGAGUUGAGCUGAGCGAAGAUUCUGCUAGAAGUACAGAUCCAAAGGACUCACCAGGGUCACUGAGUUGUGUUGAGGGACACAAGACUGAAGCCAGCAUAGAAUCAGUGUGAAGUGUGAGAUGCUCUGCUCUAGGGUCUUACACAUAUUUACAUUCAUACACACAAACCCGUGCUCACAGACAUUUACAAUGCUGGUUUUCAAUUUUUUUUUUUUUUUUAGCGUUUUAUUU